UCGUUUUUUCUUCUCGAGCGCCACUUUCUUACUGGAGCAUUCAAAGGCUACCUAAAUGUUUAUCCGGACAAGAUGUUGCGCUUCGAAAAAGGCUCUCUCGGGGAUUUUCUCGUCUCUCCUUGUUCCUAUAUAAGGAGUAGAUGAUAUCCGGAUACGCAUCUUUUGCUUCAUCUUCUUCCCCUCUCUCAUUUGCCAACCGCGGACACUGCUCUAACAAAGCACAAAUCACCCCACAAUGGCAACCCCCGGCAACCUCUACGUCACGAUGCAGCCUCAAGCUGGCCUCUCGCUCGACCAGUUCCACGAGUGGUACAACAACGAACACGGCCCUACGCGAUUACGCCUCCCACAAAUCUUCGCCAACGGCCUGCGCUAUCGAGCUGCCGACGGCCAGCAGCCCGAGUUCCUCGCUACCUAUGAUGUCACCGACAUGGCGCAUCUCGAGACCGAGACGUACCUCACGUUGCGCGCGAAUCGAUCCCCGAGAGAGGCUGCGACAAUUGCACAAGUAGACGUUUCGCGGUACUUUUACGACCUCGUCCAUGUCAAGGAGUCGCCUCUCUUCAUGCCGGUUGAGAAGUUGACAGACGAAGAAGCAGAGGGCCUUGUGGCGGCAACCUCCGAAAUCACCCUUAAAGACACGCCCGAGGCAAAAGACCUCUUCAAGAAAUGGUUCAUCGAAGAGCACGUCCCAAUGAUCGCCGACAUUCCCGGCUGGUUAAGGAGUCGUCUCUUCGUAAUCUCGACCCUCGAAACGGACCAACCCACUAAAUUCCUGAGCUUCCACGACUUUGCCAAGGAUAAUGGAUUACUGGCUGCAGUGCAGAAAGCUGCCACCGAUGAUUCCUGGAAGAGCGACGACUUUGAUAACUCCGUCGCGUCUAGGAAGAGGCGCAUCUACUCUCUCUUCUACACCUUUGGCCCUGCCCCGCGAGAUCUCGACCACUUGUCGAGACUGCCCCCAGCAGCAUCUUUCACUUCAGCAGACUCCAAGACAUCUACGACCGCCAGCUCAACUCCCGUCCUCACAUCAUACAUCACCACCCCGGAUUCCCUCACUAUUCCCUACCGCCUAGAAGGCAAUCCCUCGCCAACUGCCCCCACAGUCGCCUUCUGCAACUCCCUUCUCACCUCUCUCCACAUGUGGGACGCCUUCAUCGACAUCCUCAAACUCAAUCGUCCAGAUCUCCGCAUCCUCCGCUACGAUACUCGCGGCCGGCAUUCCAUCCCACAACCCCCCGUUUCAGCAACUCUCCACACUCUCACCGACGAUCUCCUUACCGUCCUUGACGCCCUCCGCAUCCCAAAACUGUACGCCCUCGACGGCGUAUCCAUGGGUGGCGCCACAUGUCUCAACUUCGUCCUCAAAUACCCUUCUCGCCUAGGCAAAUUCAUCGCUUGCGACUUCAACGCCACCUCUUCUGCCGUAAACUCUCAAGCGUGGAAAGACCGCGUUGCCAUCGCCGAGCAGGAUUCCGGCCGUGGUAUCCACCAACUCGCGGAACGGACCGUCGCCCGCUGGUUCCACCCAGUGUCCAUGGAAAAGCCGGACCUCGUCAAGCGGAUGACCGAAAUGGUUGCUGGAAAUAAUGUAGAGGGGUUCAAGCAUAGCUGCACCGCCCUUUCGGAUUACGAUAUGAAGCCUGAUAUGCCUUCAUGCUCUGUUCCGGGACUGUUUGUCGUUGGAGAGGGCGACGCUAAUGGAGUGCUGGUCAAAGCAAUGGAAGGGUUUAUGGGCCUGCUUGGACCAAACGGCACUGAGCUCAAAAUUGUUCCCAACACGGGCCAUUUGCCCAUGUCUGAAGACCCGGAUGCAUUUUGGGAAGCUGUAAAGGGUUUUUUAUAAAAUAGUAAAUUGUAGACUUUUCUAUAGAGAUUUACCGUAGACGCAUCAUAAGUCAGGCAACUGGUGUAAUAAAAAAAAACUUGUAAUUCAACUCGUUAGGUAACAAUAAUAGUCAUCCAGUUCUUUAGGGUAUUUGUUUAACUCAAUCAUUUUAUCGUACAGCUCGCAUGCCUUUUUCGUUAUUUCUCUUUUUCGUUUACCAUUGCCACACAUGCAGAAGAAGAAAGCCCGCAUUCCGUCUGACGCCUUGUCCUCUAAAGCCCAAUCCAUGGCAUAAUCAUCCAAUCCGACAAAAGAAAGCUUCAUCUCCAAAUUAUGAUUCCAUUUACGUCUGCCUCCUGUCAACUGUAAAGGUAAAGUCAAACGAGUUGUUUGGAUUACCGAAUAUGAACGGCACAUUGGCC